AUGGAGGGGCAGUCAUACGUGCAGUGGCAGCUGGAGUUCAACGAACAACAUCCGAUCAGCGGUUCGAAAUUUGCCACAUAUGGCAAUGGUCGGUAUGUGUUUCUACUCGGCAACAAGAGGACUAAUCGCGACGAUCGCAUACACUACUCACAAUUCGAUUUAGAAUGCAUCGACUUAUUCUUGAGUGUGAAAACGCGUUAUCUGCUGAAAGGGCUUCAGAUAAUGGAGGGUGGAAUGACUCCCAUGCCUGGUGGGGCAGCUGCUGGCCCGAAAUCGACUAGUAUGAUCUACAUUUGUGGAGAAUGUCAUUAUGAAAACGAAAUCCGUCCCAAGGACGCUAUUCGAUGUCGAGAGUGUGGCUACCGAAUCCUAUACAAGAAAAGGAGCAGGAAAUGUUAG